GCUCAUCAGUCAUCACUCUGCAAAUUCCAUUUCACCCCAGGUACCUCCACUGCUACACGUCAUCAUUCAAAUUCCCAGUUUCUAGAAGAUCCCAAAUCUACGUCACCGGAAAUGAAAAACUCCGGCAGAAGGCCGGCAAAGUACGACCUAGAGUACCGAGCUAAGGAGGACGACUCAUGGUACGGUGUACUAGUCGUGGUGAACGGCGAGACGUUAACGGUGAAGUACGAGGGAUAUCCGGAGACAUACGAUUCGAAAAUCGCCGCUCAGGAUUUCAAAUCGGAGGAAGAAAUCGAUGAAUUCGUUGGUAGGUUUAGGAAUAUUUCGCCGCAGCUGCAGGAUAGCGAGUGCGGUAGUGUCAUGAAGGAAGGGAUGCUUGUCUGUGCGGCGUGUAAUGCUUUUGGCAAGGAUGAUAUGCUCUUUUACGAUGCCGUUGUUGAAGCCAUACACAAUGUGAACCAUUCAUUUCACAGUGGAAUGGAGGAGUGUUUAUGUACCUUUGUCUUAUCCUGGCUUCAUGGUCCAAAGAAGGAUUGCAUGACUGCUUCUGGGAUUGAAGGCAUAUGUAUCAUAAAGGGCACACCGCAAGUUGAUCCUAGACUAGCUUCCUUCGUGAAAUUGGCAAACCAGAAACUCAGAAAAUCCUCUUGCAAGUCGACUUGUACUUCUGAGCAAGACAGUCCAGCAUCUAGAGGAUUGUCUCGUAAUAAAAGAGGUAGAUAUUUGUCUUCUGCACAAAAGUCAGAUUCGUCCUCCAAGGGUAUAAGCAUUGCCAAGAAUAUGGUUGACGUGAGAUGCACAGCAGAAGCAACAGAUUGUAACUAUAGCAGGCACUGGGAUCAUGAUAAAGAUCUCGGAGGGCAGUGUUCAAAUUACCAUCUCAUUCUGGUUGAAAACUUGGAGAGGAACUUGUUGCCAUCUUCACUGACGGAUUUCAUACAUGAACACACUUCUGUUUUGUCACAAGUACAUGUUUUUCCCUGCCCGUCAUAUAUGCCCUAUGCAAGAGGCAUUAUUGUGGUAGAUUGUGAAAAGAAGCUUCAGAAGAUACAGCAGUUUUUGGAUAAUCCAACCCACCUUAUUGUGUCCUCUAGGGGAAGGCCAGUGGUUAUAAGUGUGAGAGAUUUAAGGCAUACCAUGAUUAAGCUGUCGCUUGGGAGCUUAGUGUACGGAUCCCAGGAUAUAUGUCAAGCUAAAAGUAUCUGCCAAGACCUCAUAGUGGUCCACUCAGGAAGUGAAGCAUAUAGAAGAGCACACCAGGCAAAAGAUUUGUUUUUGGAGUUUAUGACUCAUCAACAGCGACUCUAUAAGAAAUUAGCUUUGGAAGAGAGUGUAUAUUUGCAGGCGCUACAAUUUCAACCAAGUUUUGAUACGUAUAUAUGUUAAAAACGAUUAUAGAGUGAUCCAACCCCUGUUUAUACCUUUACCUCUAUAACAGGUGUAUCUUAGCUUGGUAACAGGCCGCUGUGUUUCUACAAUGUUUCAAGAUUUCUUGUCCUUUAACCACCUGGUAAAACGCGUUGUAGCAAUCUCAUUCCGUGCACAGGCUUUCAAUUUUCAAUACUCGGGGAAGGUGGCACUGGAAACAAGUGCAGCACCUAUGCUGCAUUCUUGGUUGCACUUUCUUUGACUUAGAAA